GGUAAUGUUUCCGGGGGGUGUAUGCUCCUCAACAUGCUUAUUGCCAGAAUCAAAUGGCAUUCCCCGAGACGUAAGCCAGAGUCAAGGUCAAGACCAAGACGACCAGAAAGAUUAGCUUUAGAAUGGCUAGAAAAAGUUUCACAACAUCGUCUUUGCCAAGGCCAACCUUGACAAGUAUCGAUGUUGAAUUAUUGACUAAUAUUCUUCAUCUUGAAUCGAAAUAUUUUCGUCAAAUUUGCACAACCAUUGACGGGUCUAGCAAACCCUUCGAAUCUACAAUGAACGAAAAUGAUUCACCACAUUGUAAAGUUGCUGCGAUGCUGUUAAGACGUGUUGGAAACAUUCAAGAAAUUCAUAAUUUCUUCAAACAACUCACUCCAAAUAGAUACAAGAUGAAGCUUGCUGGUCAAAUGGAACCUGGUCAAUUUCAAGUGGUUGCUGAUAACUACAGACCUCCGUAUUCAGGAAGUCAGCUACCCAAAGUCACAUUUAAAGAGUCCGACAAGCAACUUCAUCUUCAGGAAUUACAUUUUUACAAGUGUGUUUUGUUGGCUGCAUAUUAUCCUGUCUUGGCUGUCUCUGACCAUUCCAUGCAUUUAUCAUGUUUAUGGAAACAAAAGCAGAAAGAAAGCGAUCUCAUUGACUCAAGAUUAACUCCAGCGUCAAAGGAAUGCAUGUCAUUUCAAUGUAAUCCAAUGAAGAGAAGUAGCGUGUUUCCACUUGAAGCUGAGCAUCUCAUUGAAAUGGUUCGCCUUGCUUUUUGUUUGACGCACCGCCGACACGAAUAUUACUUGAGGGACUUGGAAAAGAUUAUUGACAAUGAUCCUGCAAAGGUUUUAAUAAAAGAAAUGCGCGAGCUUUAUCUCAUCCUUGACAGCGAUUGUCAUCCAUGUUAUAGUUCGGAGAAGUUCUUUAACAGGCAAGACUUUCACCGUUGGUUGUCGACAGAGAAAGAAGCGAUCCAAAGUAUUGUUCGAAAUCAAGAAAAACGAACGCCACACAGUGUUCAUUCUUAUCCAAAAGAAAUUCCUUUGUUGAACAAAGAUAAACAUUCCUGGUUCACGGAGCUUUUGCUGAAACUCUUCAGGGCAGAGUCGUUGAAUUCACGUAUGAAUGUGGGUACAAAAGAGGCAAUACCAAAAGAGCCAUUAUCUGAAGCGUCUUUGAGGCUUCUUGACGAGUUUGGUGAGCGAUACAGAAUUGGGGUGCUAUACCGUCACGUGGUACUUCUUCAGUAUUUAGCAAGAAAUUUUGAUGGCAAGAAAUGGUAUUGUCAGUACGUCAUAUCGAUUUUGAAAGCGAUCUUGGAUCUUUCGCACCAACAGGAUUUUAUUGUUCGUAAAGAUGAGGCAACGAUGUUGAGAACGGCGAUUACGCAUCUUCAUAGUCACGUGAAGCACUUAUUGACGAGAAUCAACCGAGUGUUUCCGAAGAACAUGCCCGAAGGAGAGUUGCAAGAGGUGAUUCGGCUCCUGUUAUGUUUGGUAGUUGUUGAUGAUGAUGAUACCUUUGGUAACUCUCAUAAAAUGUCAGUGGAAUAUUACCUGAAGAGUUAUGUUAAGGAAGAAAUGCAUACGAACUAUGAAAGACAGAAAAUCAUCGUUGCCGAUCAGUUGAAACUACGGUCGUUUGGUCAGCGGAUAACUCCUCGCAUGAUCAGCUUGAUGCUGUAUGAUAUUAGUGAGAAAUUACGCAAUUAUCGGCUGUAUUUCAAAGAUGAAUUUAUACGUUAUUUCGACAUAUUCGAGAUUGGAGUUGAGGUUUACCAUAGUUUAUUGAUGGAAGAUGUUCUCGAGCUGUGUGAUGGUCAUCCUGUUAAUGAAGAAAGUGGAAAGAUAGAUUAUCAAAUGAUAGCCUUAGCCUAUCGACUCACAAAAUUUGAUGAAGAUUCCGAAUGGCGGGAUUAUCUUCCUAUCGAGGGUCAAGUUUGGCGACCAGCUUUUCUCAAAUAUUCUUUUGCAUUGAUCAACGUGCUUCAUUGGAAAAUCCAAAGUUUAAUAGUAUCGGCGUUAAAUCACGAUACUUGGCGAGGACUAUCGACACUUGACGAACACGUCCCUGAAUCUGAUAUGUCGCUGCAAAGUCGUGUCAGGACUCGGCCCCGAGCUGUGCCUACUCCACCAAGCGAUUCAACUUCUGUCUUUAGAGGCACGGUUACUCCUUCAUGUAAUUCUGCAUUUCAACCGGUAAAUAGCCAAGGCAAAGGUGCUAUCGAUAAAGAGUUUCAACAUGAUGAUAACGCAGCAUGCUCGAACUCGAAUGAGCAAUCAUCAACUACAGCAGAAGGCAGCCCUUCCAAACAGCCAGGAUUUAGCUUUGCAUCUUCUAAAAUCACCAAAAUGCCAGUGAAUUUUAGUGAUUCAUCCAAAUCCUUGGAAAGUAUUUAUGUGGACGCUGAAAGCGAAAUCAGUAACAUCGAGGAUUAUUUAUCGUGCGAAGAUGAAGAAAGUGUACAUUCCAUCAUUAGUGAAGAGAAUUGCACCAUGAUACCGGUCUCGACCUCAUUCGUAGACAUUGUCUGUGUUGUAAAUCGUUGCAUACACGUAGUACGUCAUGUUGCUCAAGUAUUGUGUCCCGACGCGCCCAAGAUUGACUACGGCCCAUUACGAAUGUCACCCGAAGAUUGUGACGAAAUCCGUGCCAAACUGGAACAAGGUCGCCGCGAUAUGGCGAACAAACUUGUUCACGUAAUACAGUCACUGGUUUCAUUAUACUGCCAUUAUGUGAUCGGUUACGAAAGUUCUGAUUUGAAUGAAACGUUGUUAGAAAGCAUUAUUGGCGAACAAUGUUUAACACGAUCACUCAAUGUCAUACCUGAAGAACGCGUUAGACUUCGUAAAAACAGCGCUGAGUUUUCUAAAAGAUCCACCUCAAAAAACUCUCAAAAGACCUGCCUACCGUCAAGUAACAACCGUCCACUUCAUUACGAAAAAGUUGUCGAAGAAAUGUGUGUUCGUCUUAACAAUGUUCAUAUCCUCAGGAAACAUCUGUUGUUUUUCGUUGAAACGGCCGGGAAGAAUGUGCUUAACAUCUCUGGGAAAUAUUCCGAAGAUUUUGGGCAAAUAGACGUGUCUAAUCCCCCGUCAAAUGAGGCUAGCACGAGUCAGGCCUAUGCCCAGGCGCAGAAUAGCAUGGCCUCGAAUGGAAAUGAAAAAUCUCUCGAAAAAACUCUGGAGGAGUUGCAGGAAAUAGAAGAUGGUUUGGUGAAACUUAUGGCUUACCGUGCGAAUGAUUGCAUCAAUAAAUUACUUCGGUUUCUGCUAACUUUGAACUUGGGGAGUUUUAAUGCGAAGAAACGAUUCCGACCGGUUUUGUGUGCUACCAGACGGACCUUGCACACGUUGGCAGCUAACUUGUAUCCCGAUUGUUAUACCGCUGUCCUUCGUGAGUUCUGGCUCGCUAUUGGAAAGGAUUUUGUUGAAGAGAAAGAAAAUUUGUUUUUCUUAACUGUCUCAGCAAAAGAGAAAGCCGAUCUUCUGUUAGAGGCCGUUUCGCACUUCAUUGAUAUAUUUCGUGCUGAAGAAGACUUCGUUUCGUUUGCUUUUAUUUCAACAAACAUCAAUUCCGUAUUUCAAUCACUGAGCUACUAUACUUUACCGUCCAGAACGCUGAUUCAGAUGUACGAUGCUUUGGAAAGGACGGGUCUUUCAACAUUUACAAGCGGUCGAAAUUCCAGGCACCGUUACCAGCGAAAUCCAUCAAAUGUUUUUAUCAAUGAUGUACGGAUCGAACUGCAUUCGGAGAACGCGCACUUUAGCGGCUAUCGUUUUGUGGAGUGCGUUUCAGAUCAAAUUCGUUACAGAGGGAAUCUAGGUCUGGGAUUCUGUGCCGUUCAAACGGAUGCGAUGCAGAUAGCAGUAAAGUGUUCGGCCAAUAUUUACUUGACAACGAAAUUUUAACUUACUUCGGAGACGUCGUCCAAGAAGCAAACGGCUACAAUGAUUCCGAGGACGAUGACGAAGAUCUGCUGUGCGUCAAUGGGACAUUUUUUUGUCCCGUCAACAAGAAACGACAGAAAACUUUUAAUGACGUACUCAUUGCAGGCUCACCGGAUUCGAAAUCGAGCGUCGGCGAGGAUUAUUUCAGUGCGAAAACACGGUUAUCAUACAUAAGGACGCACGGACACGAUCGCGAUUUAUCAAUUCCAGAGAGGUUUUAUACAAAUUCAACUUCACUGAGCUCGAAGAUUCCACGAGCAAUUACUAUCCGGACUAUAAUAUAGAUGCGGGGGUGAAUUGUAGCAAUCAAAAAGAAAUAAUCACCGUGCUGUUUACUCGUAGAAACGUCGAACAAGAAGCCCGAGACUUUUUCAUAAACUUAGGAGAGAACUGUGCUGUGAAAGAACUCGAAAAGAAAUUAAGGAAAAAGUCUUCAUGGUGUUGACGUCCCAGCCGACAGAUAACGUACAAAGCGAGGUCUUUCUUUCAUGGAAAAUCUUAGGGUGGUGGAGGGAGGUGUCACCUUCAUUGACCGCGGUCUAAUUGCCUGAAUUGUGAUGAGUGAUGAAUUGUAUGGUGGCGUUUUGUUUUGCUGAACGAAACAGAAAGCAUCGGAACUCUAGAGGAAAACGUUAUUUUACGCAGAUAAAUUGUGCAAGAGCAUUGAAGUGUUUCCAUGUGCUCAAAAAAACAUGGUGUGUAUUGCGAGAUCUCGAGAGGUCUCAAGCAAUAUUCAAUUGCUACUUUAAAGCGCUAGAAUUCGCGAUAUGUUGGUGAAGCUGCUGGUAAAGCUAUACUUUCCUGGUGAAUUCUGUGUUAUCUAUGGUAAAGUUAUAUCUGUCUGGUGAAUACUAUGUUAUCUAUGGUAAAGUUGUAUCUGUCUGGUGAAUACUAUGUUAUCUAUGGUAAAGUUAUAUCUGUCUUUUAAAUAAUGUUAUCUAUGGUAAAGUUAUAUCUGUCUGGCAAAUACUAUGUUAUCUAUGGUAAAGUUAUACCUGUCUGGUGAAUACUAUCUAUGUUGUCUUAUGCCAUAAGACAUUAAAUUUUCACAAAUAAACUAUAACUCGUGGCAAGAGAAGCCUUACUUUGUCUACCAGUUGGAUAUAUAAUUAAAAUGAACUGAACGAUAACAAUCUCUAAUCAUAAGUAACUAGACAACAUAAGCACCACAAAAUUUAUGAUCGCUAAACAACUUUAUUAAAAUGAUGAAUUAGAAAAUGAAAUUAAAACUAGAGGUACAUUAGCAUACAGUGUGCUGUAGUAUUUAAA